CACCAGUAAGAGCGCAGCAGUAGGAAGUAAUGUUUUAUUUGUGUAGUUUGGGGGUUGGUUCUGGGGAUGUACCUGUUACUUUUUUAAGUGUAUAGGGUUUGCCUCCUGUUGUUCAGUUAUUGGAAGCAUGGCAUGCUGUAGUGCCGGUGGUUAUCGCUUGCUGUGACGCAUGCAGAACAGAUGCCACCUUCUUGCAGUUGAAAGAAGCCAGUGAGUACAUCAGGAAGCUGACCCACCAUGAGGACUGCAAAGGUUUACAAACUGGUUAUCCACAAGAAGGGCUUUGCAGGAACUGAUGAUGAGCUGAUGCUGAACCCCAAAGUGUUUGGUCAUGUCAAGCUGGGGGACAUUCUAGAGAUAGCCCACCCUAAUGAUGAAUACAGCCCUCUCCUUCUUCAGGUGAAAUCUCUCAAGGAAGAGCUGCAGAAAGAAACUAUCAGUGUUGAUCACACUGUUGCACAGGCCUUCAAACUGAGACCCUACCAGGAUGUUUGUGUCAGCGUGAUUGACUCAAAGGAUGUCACCCUUGACCUUGUGGAGCUAACUUUUAAAGACCAGUACAUUGGUCGUGGAGAUAUGUGGCGUUUAAAGAAAAGUCUGGUCAACACUUGCGCAUAUAUUACUCAGAAAGUGGAACUGGCAGGCAUAAGAGCUCAAGCAAGUGAACUGUGGGUUAGAGGUGAGAAAGUUACUUGUGGAUAUAUCAGUGAAGACACCAGGGUAGUGUUCCGGUCCUCAUCGGCCAUGGUAUACAUCUUUAUUCAAAUGAGCUGUGAGAUGUGGGAAUUUGAUAUUUAUGGUGAUCUCUACUUUGAGAAGGCUGUGAAUGGUUUUCUUGCUGACCUGUUUAAUAAAUGGAAGGAGAAGAACUGCAGCCAUGAAGUAACUGUUGUCCUGUUCUCAAGAACAUUCUAUGAUUCAAAAUCACUGGAUGAGUUUCCUGAAGCUAGUCGUCCCUCCAUUCGUCAAGAUCAUGAAAACAGAUUCUAUGAAGAUUUUUACAAGGUGGUGGCGCAGAAUGAACGUCGAGAGGAAUGGACUUCCCUUUUGGUCACCAUUAAAAAACUUUUUAUUCAGUAUCCAGUGCUGGUUCGACUGAAGGAAGCUGAUGGAUUUCCUCCAGGACAUAACUCCACUGCAGCUGAAGGGAACUAUCUGCAAGCCAUCAACUUGUCCUUCAAUGUAUUUGACAAGCACUACAUAAAUCGCAACUUUGACCGGACAGGGCAGAUGUCAGUAGUGUUGACACCAGGUGUAGGUGUUUUCGAGGUGGACAGAUUGCUAAUGAUUCUUACAAAACAGCGCAUGAUUGAUAACGGUAUUGGUGUUGAUCUGGUCUGCAUGGGAGAGCAACCACUACAUGCUGUGCCACUUUUUAAGUUGCACAAUCGUAGCAGCCCUGGGGAUUCACGCCUUGGAGAUGAUUAUAACAUUCCUCACUGGGUCAACCACAGUUUUUACACCACAAACAGACAGCUGUCAUGUAACACCUUUACUCCUCGGAUCAAGCUGGCAGGAAAAAAGGUGCAGCCUUCUGAUAAGGGACGGAGCAGCAGAGACAACACUCUGGCAUCUCCUAAGGAACCAGAAAAUGCACUUCCCAUUCAGGUGGAUUAUGAUGCAUAUGAUGCACAGGUUUUUCGUCUACCAGGACCUUCUAGAGCCCAGCGAAGUACAUCCUUCAGGCCUACGCGAGAGAGGGAAUAUAACAAUAGGAAAAGCGUGAGUUCUUACGAUGUAGCUGAAAGCCCUUCACAGCAUACCCGCACCCUACCACAGGAGGAGGUAAGGAGCCAGGCCUCUGAUGACAGCUCUCUGGGCAAGAUCUCAAACAUCCUAUUGAUUCCCCGUACACAACUUCACACGUAUGAUGUCAGCAGCUCACUUGGCUACACGAGUACUAGAGAAGUUAUGGAGCAAAUGAUGGAUUCCCAGCAGCGGGAUUCCAGUGCACCAGGACGCUUCCAUGUUGGAAGUGCUGAAUCAAUGCUGCAUAUCCGUCCUGGAGGAUUCACACCACAGCGAGCCCUCAUCAACCCAUUUGCACCAUCUCGGAUGCCUAUGAAGCUGACUUCGAAUCGGAGAAGAUGGAUGCAUACAUUUCCUGUCGGUCCAUCUGGGGAAGCAAUUCAGAUUCAUCAUCAGACACGGCAGAACAUGGCGGAGCUGCAGGGGAAUAGUCAGAGGGGUCCAGAACACACUUCUGCCGAGCUGCUAGAACUGGCUUACCAUGAAGCGACUGGCAGGCACAGCAGCCGACAGGUGUGUGAAAAUGGCACAUUCCUUGGCAGUGGUGUUACCGAUGAACUUGGAGUCAGCCCUGCUGGUAGCAGCAGCACAGGAACUCCCCAGAAUCAGGCAUCUUCAUUUGAUGACCAAGCAUCUGUCCUUCCUGAGCCAAUGCCUGCAUUCUGUUGCACGGUCGGUGUUGAUUGGAAGUCACUUACCAUGCCAGCCUGCUUACCGUUGACCACUGACUAUUUCCCGGACCGUCAAAGUCUGCAGAAUGACUACACAGAAGGCUGCUAUGACCUCCUUCCUGAAGCUGUUGACAGGAGAGAUGAGGAUGGCGCCCUAAUGACAGCACAGCAAGUGUUUGAGGAGUUCAUCUGCCAGCGGCUCAUGCAAGGUUACCAGAUCAUUGUGCAGCCAGAACGCCAGAAGUCUAUUCCUGCUGUGGCACCACCACUGAGCAGCAGUCCGCUGUACUCCCGAGGAUUGGUGUCUCGGAACAAACCUGAAGAAGACGAGAACCAGUUCUGGUUGAGCAUGGGUCGAACCUUUCAUAAAGUAACAUUAAAGGACAAGAUAAUCACAGUUACUCGCUAUCUACCAAAGUAUCCUUAUGAAUCUGCCCAGAUUCAGUACAGCUACAGUCUGUGUCCUCCACAUUGUGACCGUGAGUUUGUAUCCUGUUGGGUAGAGUUUUCCCAUGAGCGCCUUGAGGAAUACAAGUGGAACUACCUGGAUCAGUAUAUCUGCUCCGCUGGCUCUGAGGAUUUCAGCCUGAUUGAAUCCCUCAAGUUUUGGAGGACGCGAUUCUUGUUGUUGCCUGCCAACACAGGUGCCACCAAGCGCAUCAUGGAGGGUGAAACUCGAUGUGACAUCUAUGGAGAGAUGACACGCUCUGAUGAGGAGGAAUGGCAGCUUUUAGAUGGUUUCAUCCGUUUUGUGGAGGGCUUGAACAGGAUACGUAGGCGCCAUCGCUCAGACAGAAUGAUUCGGAAAGGAGCUGGUAUGAAAGGAUUACCUGUAUCAGGACCACUCACUACUCUUAUUCCAGAACCAGCUGGCCCUCCUGUUGGUAAGAAAGGAACAUCGGCACUCUCUGCACUUCUAGAAAUGGAGGCAGCCCAGAGGAGUCUUGGGGAACAGCAGACUGCAAUGCAUGCUGGGAAGAACAUUGCUCCAUCUGCAGAAGGCAGUACUGCAGCCCUUUCAACUGCCAUUUUCUUGGAUAGUCCUCGAAAGGAUGGUGUCUUCCACCUGGAGUUUGUCCGCAGUCCACACACAUCAUCUCCUUUUUUUCCACAGAUACCAAUGGAGCAGACGGCUUCUAUUACUGGUACAGUCUCAGACAACACAGCCAGCACUGUAAAUACCAACCAAUCAGGAGAGAAGGCAGGUGUUGGCACAGUGGGAGGAGCCCAGCCUUCUGGGACCAGUGUCAUACAGACAACAGGAGAGCAGCCUACUACAGCGACUGGAGCCACAGAGAACAGUUCACAGACACAGUCUGUUGUAUCAAAUUCUCUGACAUCCGCAUCCUCACUUGCAGAGAUACUUGAGGCAAUGAAACACCCAACGACUGGUAUACAGCUGCUGUCAGAACAGAAGGGACUGCCGCUGAAUUGCUUCAUCAGCGCAGAAGUUGUCCAUUGGCUAGUCAACAACGUAGAAGGUGUGCAGACACAGGCAAUGGCUAUUGAGAUCUUGCAGAAAAUGUUGGAUGAACAGCUCAUCGCGCAUGCAUCAGGGGAAGCUCGAACUUUUGUGUAUGGAUUCUACUUCUACCGGAUUGUCACAGACAGAGAUCCUGAGAAAGUUGGAAUGCAGCAGUCUACUGUCUGGUACACCACUGAGAUGGAUGACUUGGCCACAUUCCAGCGAAGUUGGUUCGAAGUGGCAUUUGUAGCAGAAGAACAUCUUCAUGCCAAUAUUCCAGCCUUCCUCCUCCCUUGGCUUCCUAGUCGACCUGCCUCCUAUGCAAGUAGGCACAGUUCCUUCAGCCGGAGUUUUGGAGGACGGAGCCAGGCCGCUGCCCUAUUAGCUGCUACUGUGCCAGAACAGAAAACUGUGACCUUGGAUGUGGAUGUGAACAACCGCAGUGACCGGGUAGAGUGGUGCAGCUGCUAUUACCAUGGCAACUUCUCACUUAAUGCAGCAUUUGAAAUCCGACUGCACUGGAUGGCUGUCACAGCAGCUGUGCUGUUUGAAAUGGUCCAAGGAUGGCACCGAAAAGCUACAUCCUGUGGAUUCUUGUUGGUUCCAGUCCUGGAGGGUCCAUUUGCUCUGCCAAGUUACUUAUAUGGAGACCCACUGCGAGCUCAGCUGUUCAUCCCACUUAACAUCAGUUGCUUGCUGAAAGAAGGCAGUGAACACCUAUUUGAUGGCUUUGAUCCAGAUACACACUGGGAUCGCAUGCAACUCUUCCAGGAAGCCAUUGUUUACAGGUUCGGAUUCAUCCAUGAUAAAUACUCUCCUUCAAGCUUUAACUUUUCAUCUGAGAAUAAACCUCAAUACGUCCAUGUAACAGGGGCAGUAUUUCUCCAGCUACCCUAUUCAAAGCGGAAAUUUACCAGUGGUCAGCAGCGUCGACGGCGCAAUUCCACCAGCUCCGGCAAUCAAAGCUUGUUUGGAGAGGAGAAGAUUGGUUAUAACUGGGCCUACAAUAGUAUGUUGACAAAGACCUGGAGGUCAAGUGCUACAGGAGACGAGAGGUUCACUGACAGGCUGCUCAAGGACUUCACAGACUUUUGUGCCAACAAAGACAAUCGUCUCCUCGACUUCUGGAUAUCGUGUCUGGAGAAGAUGCAUGCCAGUGCACCAUAAUGCUUUUAAUGAGUCAUUUCCUUUUCACGAUAUUUAUUUAUAUUCAGUUAGCUCUAGUGACCAGGGCCCAUUUGCAAAGGGGGACCAGAGGGGGGAAAAAAACUCUAAAGUCAACCAUAAUUAAGACAAUUAAAUACAAUUAUGAAAGCAAUUGAAUGCAACUGAAGCAGAAGAAUACAUAACAGGCGAAGACACAUCAAAGCAAGCUGUUUAUACUAACAAGUAAUUAACAGAUUUAGCAAUGGAAUACUGACAAAAUGUAAUGUAGAUCUAUGUUUAAAAAUCAAGGGAUGUACGCAUUAACAAAAUUACAGUCCACCAGGAAGUAAUGUGUGACAAAGUGUAUAUUAAAAUUAUAAUGAAAAGCCAUCAAAUAUUUUGGUGGUCUUUAUCAAGGAUCCCUGAGAGUGCACUUCCCGUACAUUUUAACAAUGAAGGAGGGUCUUAGCUUGAAUUUUUGUAUGGUAACAGGAUCACAGCACUGAUCAAGAGAUUUUGUAAAUGUUUGUACAUAUUUGUAAUGAAAUUGAUUGUUUUUUGGUACCUUUACUUAUUCAUGAGUGUGUGUGUGUGUGUGGGGGGGGGGGGGGUCACUGUCUACUUAAAUGUCAUGUUGCCCUGUUACCAGUGUACAGUAUGAACUGACAGUCUGGACUUAUUGUAGAUUGACCAUUUUACUUCUGAAUACAGAAUUGUAAGUAAAACACUCUUAAGCCUAAGUAUUUCAGCUUUAGCAUAUGAUUUCAGAAAUAACUGCACAGCAGUAUGCUAAAAAAGAAUGUAUGUACCGAAAAAUAAAUAUAUAACCGUUUCAUUAUA